AUGUUGGAAUAUUAUUAUCAUGUUCAACAACACAUUUAUGAAUUUAUCGAUAAAUUAACUCAAUGUUGGCAAUUAAAUAAUCAUGCACAAUAUUUAUUUAAAGAUGAUUUAUCAACAGAACAAUUCAUUUUAUUUCCUCAUAGAUCGUAUUUAAGAUCAAUUGAUUCUUUCGUUGUAACAAAUGAUUCAACUUCAAUACUUGAUCUUUCUUCACGAAAACAAUCAUUUAAUAACGAAUCAAUAGGAAUUAAUAAUUCAUCUGUAUCUCUACUAGGAACAACAACAAUAAGUACAAAUAAAUCAAAUUUAGCACGAUUAGGUAUUUUAUUAGCGGAAAAACAAGCGGCUUGUAAUAAUAAUAAUAAUGUGUAUAAUUAUGAUGGAUCAACUUUUACAUUUAUUGAUGGUAUAGAAGAUGAAGCAGAUAGUAAUAUUGGUUUAUUUAAACAAUGA